AUUUUUAGCGAUUUAGCUUAAUAAGCUUAUUAAUAAGGUUAACUAACUAACUGGACGACGAAGAUCGCCAGCCUCGUGUUUUUGUGGCCCUCUUAACUCCGUAGGGUCGACAGACACUUCCGGUUGUUUUCUCCAUCAAAACUUUCUGGGCAGCAGGUGGUAUGAUCGUGACGAUGCAUUCUUCUUGUUCCCUUUCGAGGCUGUUAACCCCCCGGUUAGUUCUCUGAGAGCCCUCGGGGGACCCAAAGGGGAUACGGCACAAGCCACCCAUGGUCCUCCCAGUUUCGCAGCAUACGAACCGCGAACUCAAAAUAUGAAUUAACUGGCCCGUUAUAUGGCCAGGUAAUAUCAUAAUUAGAAUUUGUAAGUGGUAGUUAACUUGGUAGCUAACUGCCAAGUCUUACAUACAUUUGCAGCAUCGUGUCUCUGGCUUUUUGCUCCGAGGGGAGUGCAUGUUCCAGCUCUCCCAACAACAUUAAUUACCCCAUGGUUAGUAUACAGCCUAUUCCGCCCCAGGAUGGACGGAGGAGGUCAACUGUAACCUCAUUUCGCCAUGAUCGUACGGGAUCAACAAGGGCAGAUAGGUGCAUCGUACUCCUUACAUGUUCUUUUGCACACGUGGAAAUGCUUGGGUAAAAUAUAACUCAUGGCAUGACACCUCCCCACUUCCCGUAACCAAAGGGAGUUUCCAGUGGCUAAAUUGAUAACCAUAGCUGCCGAUCCAGGCCGGAUGCUUCGCACGUUCGUAUUGUGCUCUUUAGCUUUUAGCUCCAGUAUAGUUACUAGGCUAGAGGGGCUUGCAUUGCUAGCAAGAAAUACAACUUCAUUGCACUGACAAAGUUGAUGUUCAGGAGAGGGCUUCUUCUAUACCCAAACCUCACUGUUCAGUCUUGCUCCUUCAGGACUGUCAGCAGCGUUCACCUAACUACUCACUGUUUAUACGGAGGACAGGAAACUAACUGAAAAUAUAUACCCUCUCACAAUCCCUUCUAUGUGUCUCUGGCCGGUCAUUGGUUGGCCUGCUAGUAGGAUAAGGAGACUGGGCAUUCUUGCCCCUGACUUAAUCCCUGGGCUGUUCAGGGACUUUGGAAUGGUUAUUAUUGUUAAUUUUCGUGAAGUAAAACAAGCUCUUACCCAAGACUUCUUGUGUGUGGUUAACGAUGAUAUCCACUCCCAAAUGAUUACAGGGACAUGCUUUAUUUUUUGAGUAACCUGAUGCUGUUGGAAUAGCCUAUGCGUUCAAUACGAGAAAGACCAUGCUUGAAGAUAUGUAGAUCAACCCUGGGAGGAAGCACACCGUCGCCUCCAACCACAAAGCGACUAAUUCAGUUUGUUCUUUUGGGGAGGCAUUUAGUUCGCUCCCUCCCUUUCAUUCCUCGAGACUUAUGGAGUAUUCAAAGCACAUAUCUUUGGAUGAGCUGUACAGCUUUAUAUUGACUGGAGUGAUAAUAUCGUCCUCACUAUUUUUGAUACGGCCAACUCCUCUCGUUCUAGAACCUUCCAGUUUCUCAAAUUUGUUCACGUCACAGCUCAAGAUUACCAAAACUAUGUUAAGAGAUCCCAAGUUUGCAGCAAAACCUGUCCACGAUAGGUCACAAGGCCAAAAGAGAAAGACUACGCAGACAAGGUCAUCUGAAUCACGAUUACGCCUGGCUUGCAAUCGAUGUCACACCCAAAAACUAAGAUGUUUACGGUCUGAUGGUACCGAGCCUGGGAGUAAAUGCGAACGUUGUCGGCGUGCAUCUGUCCAGUGCGUCUAUAGCCCUCCGGAUCGUAUAGGACGACCUGCAAGAUCAGGGGUAUCAUCGACGACUUCGGCUGGUGGUUCUUCAAAGUCAGAUGGCGGGAUUAGCCCUCGCAAUGCUCCUCGGCGAUCAUCUGCAAGCUCUCCACUACCGUCAAGCCCUGAACCACUCUUCUCUCCUCGCCAGGGGGCUGCUAUUGGCUUGCCCUGUGAUGAUGCCAGAAUGUUUGAUUUUCACAUAGACGAAUCAAGCAUUAAAGUUGAUAUGCUAUCAUUUUAUAAUGAUCAUAUGCCGUUUCCGGAGAGCUCGGUGGCUUUACUUACGGAGAAGCCAAUUAUGCAAGACGUGACGUCUCAAAACAUAACGAUUUCGCCCUAUACCAAGAAGACCAGCGAAGUGCCUAGGGUUCAACGCUCCACCACGGAGAUGGCACCUGAUAACUAUGUUCGAGAACUUAUGGCAUUUGGGCUAGCACAGUACGAUCAACUUCGCUUCCUGCAAAGAAUGAGGAACUGCAUUGGCGACGAUAAAAAAGGGGUAUUCUCACGGCUGCGCAACUUUCCAAUACACGGCAUGCUGGAGCAGGUUCGAAGACUCACUGAGCUCAUAAGGCAACUAAUGCCUAUUUCGGACAGUAAUGAUGGUUGUCUGCGUAUCAUAUGUUCGGAAUUUGUCAGCGAAUCUAUCCCCGACAUCGACUCAUGUCUAUUUAAUGAGCAAGCCAUAAUGAAUGACUGUUCUGAUAUGCUGGCACACCCGUUUUCGGAUCUGUCCUAUUUCAGCUCCAGUGAUAGCACCAGCCUGUUAUCUCCUCUCACGCCUAGCAAGCAACCACCAGUUGAUACUUCCACGAUUCUUCUGUUUCCUGCUACCUUCGUCUUGCGCGAGCAUUCGCCUUGUUCUUCACGGACCUCCAGGCCUUUCUCCUUUUCCCAAGCGCCAUUGAUCCCACUCCCUCUGGUGAACUCCGAAUAUUUCCAGGACUCAAACUGGGCUCUUUUCAAUCCUAUGUAG